AUGGGUCCACUCACAGGAUCUCUCCUCCCUCGGGGGUCUGUAUCGGAUUAUCUGAAAAAUGAAACAUGUCCCAUGCCGGCCCAUCUCACAGAAGUCGAGGAUCCCUUUCUGGGGAGCAUGACCUUCUACCAUUUCAAUUUGAUUGUCUCUGGUGUAUGCACAUUCAUCACCUGUGUAUUAAUAUUCAGUCUCAUGGCAGAGCAUGCCUGUCGCUGCAGUGUUCCCAGCGAACAAGUCAAAAUUAUGAGAAUUGUUCAUAUGCUUCCCGCCUUCUCGAUUCUCUCCUACUUAGCGAUCGCCUUCCCCAACUCCUACGUCUACCUAGAAGGAUGGACAGAAGUAUUCCAGGCUAUUGCGCUUUAUGCUUUUCAUAUGCUUUUGAUUGAUUUCAUUUCCCCGACCGAGCGAAAACGAGACGAGUUCUUCGGGAAGCUCAAAGUGAAGAAAUUAUUUAGAAAGAAUCAAUACAGGGAGGGUAUUUCCUGGUUGAAGCUUAGUUACUAUUCCACAUUGCAAUACCCCAUUGUCACCUUUUGGGUUGCUGUUUUUCAGUGUAUUGCAGCGGCCUUUGAUCGGUACUGUCUUGAAUCUAACAAACCGGCUUUUGCUCACCUCUGGCUCGAGAUUAUUCAAGAAGUCUCAGUCACCAUCGCUAUUAACGCCGUCAUUCGAUUCUACGCAAACACAAAGGAGUAUAUGAAGGAACACAAGCCAUUGAUGAAGCUAUUGUCUUUCAAGCUCAUGGUCGGUCUUAUUUUUGUCGAACAGAUCGCCUUCAUGAUCCUCGAAUCCUCAAAAAUCUUCAAAGAAACCUCAAAACUCAGCUACGCAGAUGUCCACAUGGGUAUUCCCACAAUGGUAAUCUGCGUCCAAAUGGUCCCCUUCGCAAUCUUUAUUCGCUAUGCAUUCAGCACAAAAGUCUACCGCGUAAAGAAAUCACCGACCGACUCCGAAGAAAAGCUUGCAGAAGUCAAUGAGCACGGAAGGCCCGUACCACGAUGCUACCAGGGUGGUCCAUUCGGCAUUCACGCCUGGCUCGCAUACUAUAAUCCGAUGGAGUAUCUCCGGGAGGUACAGUCUAUGUACAGGACUCUGCACCAUGUUCAUGUGCGGAAUCAGAAACGUAUCUUCAAAGAGGAUGUUGAGGGAGAGAGUGAGCAGGCUUCUGUUGAGGGAAAUCAAUCAGAGGCUGAGCUGCUGGCCAUUCGGCCAAACCAGAGUGGACAGAGUGGCUAUGUGCAUAACGAGCCAUUUGAGCAGGUUCAGCUUGCGCAGUCCGAGCCUCUUAUUCGUCAGGUGCAGUACCCGGCCCAGUCACAUAAUGUGCAAGACGGAUAUGCGCACGUCCAGGGUAGUUUGGGAGGGAAUGCGCAGUGGGGGCAGGAUCCGUAUGGGCGUCCGUAUAGAGAGAUAUAG